GUGUGUGAGUGUGUUGCGCGUACGACCGUCGACCAGUCGACGCCGCCUCCGACAGUCCGACGUCAGUGUGCCGCCGCCGCAGUAGUAAAUCGUUGUCCUUCCCCCCGCGGAACCUCACAUUUGUUGUCUUUCGCGGUACGUUUUUAUUCCGGUCGUUUUGUCCGCGCCGCCACCGGCUCGAACGCGAAUAACAAUAUUAUGUCCUCCUGACCGAACGGACGGAAUACGACGACAUAUCCAGCGACAAAUAUUCACCAGCGCCGCGCAACACUUUUCGCGGACAAGCGGCGUGAAGCACAGCCGUCGUCGAUCGAUCCGGAUCUCACCUCCCCCUCCCACCACUACUGGGGAAGUGCUGUUCCUGCACGUCAUAAGCGGUUAAAUAAUUUUUAAUUCUAAAAAUAUGGCUGACAUAGAAGCUGAACCACCACAGAGCAAUGGAUAUGCAAAUACAAAUGAUGAUGAUGAUGAACGUGGAAAAAUGAGACCAGCAGACAUUGAUGCUGAUGUUCGAGAAAUGGAACGACGGAAAAGAGUAGAAAUGAUUAUGAAUUCCCGUUUGUUUCGCGAAGAACUGGAAAGAAUAAUUGAAGUGCAAAUGAAAGAUGGUGGUUCUGUUCCUGCUGGGCUUUUACAACAAAUUUCAGAAAUGAUGGGUGGGCGUCCAUCUGGAGGUUCUAAAUCUUCGAAUUGUGUGGUUCCAAUUAAUGAUAUUCGUGGUGUAGAAAGUAUGGGAUAUGCCAAAGGUGAAAAAAUUAUCAGAUGCAAAUUAGCAGCAGUAUUCAGAUUAAUGGAUUUAUAUGGCUGGACCCAAGGAAUCUAUAACCAAGUUUCUGCUCGAUUAAAUCAAGAAGAAGAACAUUUUUUAGUUAGCCCAUAUGGUCUAUUAUGUAACGAAGUGACAGCUUCUAGCUUAAUUAAAGUGGAUAUGCAAGGACAUGUUAUGGAACCUGGAACUACAAAUUAUGGUGUUAACAUAACUACAUUUCAACUUCACGCUGCUAUUUAUGCAGCAAGGCCCGAUUUGAAAGCUAUCAUUGAUGUACAAGUAGGACCUGUUUUGGCUGUAUCAUCAUUACGCUGUGGCUUAUUGCACAUAAGUAAAGAAAGUGCAUUGAUUGGGGAUGUCUCACACUAUGCAUACCCAGGAUCUACUGUAGAUCCAGAUGAAAAAGACAAAAUUGCUAGAAGCUUAGGGCCUAUUAAUAAGGUUAUUUUUUUCACUAAUCAUGGUGCAGUUUGUUGUGGUGAAUCAAUAGAAGAAGCAUUUUACAAUGCAUAUAAUAUUGUAACAGCUUGUGAAACACAGCUGAAAGUAUUACCUGCGGGAUUAGAUAACAUCAUGACAAUGACUGAUGAACAAUGCAAAUUCAUUUAUGAUGCUGCUAGGUUUCCACCAGAAGGUACUGUACCUUCCCCAUUACCUGCAGGAGGAGCUGUUGCAGAUAAACGCUGGAGAGUUGGAGGUCUUCAAUUUGAAGCACUUAUGAGAAUGCUAGACAAUGCAGGUUUUCGUACAGGUUAUAUAUACCGACAACCACUUAUCAAAGGUGAACCCCCCCGCCCUCGUAAUGAUGUCGAGGUACCACCAGCAGUUUCUUCUCUUGGAUAUUUAUUAGAAGAAGAAGAGCUAUAUAAAAAUGGACAAUGGAAAAAAUAUUAUGAUGGCCGCAAAUCAACUGAUAGAACCAAAUGGUUAAAUUCACCAAAUGUGUACCAAAAAGUGGAAGUUCUUGAAACUGGGACAACAGAUCCUAAAAAAAUCACUAAGUGGGUAUCUGAAGCUUCUCCAAAUUCAAGUACGCCUUUUAAAAUAGAAGGACCUCUGCAAUUUGUUCCAAAAAAUACUAAUCCAAAAGAGUUCAAAAAACUACAGCAGCAAAUUAAAGAAAACCGAAGAGCUGAUAAAAUUACUUCAGGGCCCCAAUCCCAAAUUUUAGAUGGUGUUUCUUGGGAAGAAGCAAAAAAAUUACAAGAUGCUAACUUAAACACAAACAGCGACCAAGUUAUUUUGGUGGGUGCUGCAUCAAAAGGAAUAAUACAACGUAAUUUUCAACAUAACGCAACUGUUUAUAAGACACCUUAUGCAAAGAAUCCAUUUGAUGCUGUCACUGAUGAAGAAAUUGAAUAUUAUAAAAAUGCCGUUGAAAGGAGUACAAGUGAUAAGGAUCAAAUUAUAGAUAUUAAAGAACAAUUGGAUAGUGUUCACUUUUCACCAGCUAGGCAAACUGAAGCAUUUAUUAUUAGUGAAACUGAAGAUGAUAGUAGAGCAGAAGCCAGAGUGUUGCAAGUAGAAAGAAAAUCUGUGCUGAAACCCGACCAAGCUGAAUUUGUUCUAAGUGAAGGAGAAAAUACAUACAAUGGUGACCAGUCAGAUGCUCAUCAAAGCACAUUUUCAAGUAGUAAAGAGGGAUCACCCACUAAAGAAAUGUCCACCGAGGAUUCUUCACACAAGGACAAGAAAAAGAAGAAGAAAGGAAUUAGAACCCCAUCGUUCCUUAAAAAGAAAAAAGAAAAAAAGAAGAGUAUUCCAGCCUAAAAACUAUAAUAUGCAGAUAAACGCUUUGGCGAACACAGCUUUGGUCAACCAGCACUAUAAAUAGUCUGUAGCUCAUUUAGUCAUUCAAUCAUCUUUUAAUCAUUUUGGACUCGACGGACUAAACCAUUUCAAUUUUGACAUCUGUGUCUAUUCAUUUUCGUUAAGUUAAUAGAUAUUUAUUUAAUAAAGUGCAUUAGACUUAUGCAAUUAGUAGCUAGAAAAUAAGAGUAAUCCUAUUUAUUUUUUAAUAUCAUACGUAGAUUUGGCCCUAUUCAACAAAUUAAUCUAUUAUUAUGAUAAAUAUAUUUUUUUUUUUAGCUUGUGAAAUUAUUGUUACCAAAUUUGAAACUUUUUUUUUACAUUUAUUUCUAUAUUUAUAUAAAUUAUAUAGAUAAGCUUGAGAGUAAUUUGAAAAUACUCAGGAAAUACAAUUUACCAAUACACAAUUACAUGUUUUCAAUUUUAAUUUCAAACAACUUAUCUAUACAGUAUGUCCAGGUGACAAAUUUUAUUUUUAACAUCUUAAACUAUUUGUUUUUUUUCCUGUAAGUAUUCUAGUUCUUCAGUAUUAAUUUAUGUCCAAUUUAUGAAUGACUGUGGGAACAGAUUACUGAGAGUUAUUAUUAGCUAAUAUGUUACAUAAAAAUUGUAAUUCAAUUUUGGUCAGUUAAUUUUAAAACUAAUUAUUAAACUACGGGUCAAACUAAGAUCAAUAGAUGUCAAAUUUGUCAAAAAAAAAAUCAGUUCUUUUUAUAUGUGAGUAUGUAUUUUAAUGCUAUAUAUUAUAGUAUUGUACUAUGAACAUUUUUCCUAAAAGCAUAUUAUCGUAAUUAUUGCAUCUUGUACUUUUUGUACAUUUUUAACCACAACAUUAUUUGUCAUUCUCUUCAGCUUAUAAAAUUUUAAAAUGUAUAGUUUUUUUUUUACUAGAAUUGUUUUUGAAAAGAUAAACUAUGCAUUUAAAUUUAUUUUUGUAACAUGGCUGCUAAUACGGUAUUUGAAACUCGUAUAUAUAAAUAAUUAUUUGUUUGUGAUAAAAUAUAUAUAUACAUAUAUAUUAAAACUACAUUAACCGUUCAUGUGAUUAUGAAAUUUACAUUGUGCAUAAGAUAAACUAAGAAAAAUGUUGGUGCGAGUAGAUUAGACAAUAUUAUGCACUUCAAUUUAGUUUUAUCUUAUAAAAUUGUCUGUUGCCAUUCAUCCUUGUCUGUUUGUAUCCAAAUCAUACUUUAAAAGGGGAAUACUAAAUAUAUAUAUAUUUAUAUGAACAUUCAGACCAUCUAUUUAUUUUAUUGUAAUGUACAUCACUUAGAUUGUAAUUUUAUGACCAUUGGCAUUAAUUGCCAUUUUUUAUGUUUGUAGACAUUUAUUUGCUAUUAUUUUUAAAUAACAGCCAAAUUGUAAAAACUGCCCUAAUUAACAAAUUAUAAUCGUGAAGAAUUAAUUAUACUUUUUUAUACCUAUUUAUUUGUUACAAAGAUUUUUAAUUACUAUUUUUAUUUACAAAAUAUAUAAAUAUAUAUUCUCGGUAGUGAUAUGUAAAAUCAUAUUAAUUAUAGAUAUAUCAAAAUGUUAUUUAUAACGUUUAUUUCAUUAUCUAGUUCAAUAAUGAAGUCUACAAAUAAUUACAAUCGGAAUAUACAUUUAUAUAUUUAUAUACACUCGUAUAAACGCCACAUAACUUUUUUAUUAUUUUCGUUACUUUUUUGCACAACAAUUGAAACCUUAAACAUUUGUCCGUAAUAAUUGUUUUGCGAGGCUUAGAG